UUUCUUUACAGGCAUCUUUGAUUAUCUUGGUGUUCCCUCUUAAUGUUGGGUAAUAUUGGUAAAAGUUUGGUGAGCUGUAACCAUGUCUAGUGACGAUUAUGAUUAUGACGACGGAAGCCGAGCUAGCAAAACAUUCAAGCCUAAGAAACACAUCCCUGAAGGCACACACCAGUAUGACUUGAUGAAACAUGCAGCUGCAACGCUUGGCUCUGGGAAUCUUCGCUCGGCAGUGAUGCUGCCGGAGGGAGAGGACCUCAACGAGUGGGUGGCAGUCAACAUAGAUUUCUUCAAUCAGAUCAACAUGCUUUAUGGAACAAUAACAGAAAUGUGCACAGAGGAGUCAUGCCCUGUGAUGUCUGCAGGUCCUAAAUAUGAAUACCAUUGGGCUGAUGGGCAAACUGUGAAGAAGCCUAUUAAGUGUUCUGCUCCCAAAUAUAUUGACUAUCUGAUGACUUGGGUACAGGAUCAACUGGAUGAUGAGGCACUCUUUCCUUCCAAGAUUGGUGUACCUUUUCCAAGGAACUUCCAGAGUAAUGCUAAGACAAUACUGAAGCGCCUCUUCCGAGUGUAUGCACACAUUUAUCAUCAGCACUUCUCUGAAGUAGUACAGUUGGGUGAAGAAGCCCAUCUUAACACCUCUUUCAAACACUUCAUAUUUUUUGUCCAGGAAUUCCAGUUGAUAGAGCGGAAAGAACUUGCACCACUUCAGGAGCUGAUUGACAAACUGGCAGCCAAAGAUCGAUGAUUCCAAGUGUAAAAACUAUCCAGCUUCCAUAAGUGUUUAGGCAAAGGGAAGAAGAGGAGAGAUCUGUGUAUCAUCCUAAUUUGGGUUAUCACAGACAAUGGGGAAAAGCUCUCACGUAUUGAUUAUGUUCUCAGGGAAGAGGCUCGUGGAUUUAACCAUAUAUGGUUCUGUAUUAUGGCCAAAUAAAACAUUGAUUUGGUACAUUUAAUAAGAAUAUCCCAAUUCUUCAAGUAGGAGAUGGGUCACUUCAGACUAAUAGCUAAACCCUAUUUUUAAAAUUCUCAUUAUGUCAUCGUAGUUUCAGAAAGUGAUUAAAGUCAACUUGUGGGAUAUUCCCAUUGCAAAAUAUGAGAAACUAAUCAUUGUAUGUGAGGAGUUGAAAAGUUACUAAUUUAUUGUAGUCGUAAGUGUAAAUUGACAUUCGUUGUUUUUGUAUGAUGACAGACUUAUGCCUAGUAAAUUUAUGGGCAUAAACAUGUGUGGAUAUACCUCACUUGUGUGUGCUCCUAAAGUCUGCUUGUUGUACUUACCGAGACCAGAAUGUUAUUGUUUGAUAUAGAAUGAUCUUGUUUGUUAUUUCUUUUAAGAAAGGGUAAGAUUGCCUGUAAACAGACCUUUCCAUGAUUAUGGACCAGUUACUGUAUGAAAGAUGGGAUGGUCCUUAUUGGUUGCUAGAAGGCAAGAGGAGAAUACAUUUGAUCUUAGCUGCUUUUCUUUAAGUAGCAAUAUACGUUCUGGACAUUCCGAAAUGACCACUGAUAGCGAGACAUUGCAGAAAAAACAAUGAAAUUGUAUAUGUAAUUGGACAAAUGCAACAAAGAUUCAGCAGCUUUUAUUUGUUCUUAAAAAUAUAAUGCUGUCUGCAAUUGCUUACAAAGAGAGUUAGUAUUAAACCUUGAAAGAGAAAAGGAAGGAGAAGUAAGUUUUGCUUUUUGCAUAUUAUUGUACACAUGAAUAAGACUCGCAAACAUUUUCAUUCCCCAUUGAAAUUUCUGCAACAAAUAUUUUAACUUUAAAUUUCCUCCCACUUGCCUGAUUGUCUUGUACUCGUGUGGUAAUCUUUCUUAAAUUGUUCUGUGCUUGCAGGAUGCUCUUUGGUUUCCAGACCAUGUAGACACUAAUUUACAUAGUUUAUUUUUCCUUGAAGGUUAUAUUUUUCUUUACAUAAUUUUAUUAUACUAAUAUGGUAUAAUGAGUUUUUACAUUUGGUUAGCUAAUCUAAGUUUUUAAUUUGUUUAGGUAGAGAAAUUUAUUUUGGAGUUUGCAUAAUUACAAGUAUUUUAAAAUGUAUAAUAGUUCCACUUAGCCACUGAUUUUUUAGAGCCCACUAUUUGAAAGCAAUAAAGCUGGGGCAAGAAAUGUACUUAUCUUUGAUAAAUUAUCCUUAGUGUUUAGUAUAGCUGUAAAGAAAUAAUAUUCAAAUUUUUUAGUACAUUAUUUUAGAGUAUUGUAUAUGCAUGGUUAAUUUUGCAUUGGUGUCAGUACCUUGUAGUACACAGCAAUCUAAUUUAUAUUAUUUGCAGUAACAGUAGUUGGGUACAGAUUCUUCAGACCUUGGUGGGGAAGUCUAAUUAGGUUUUAGUAAUUUGUUUUAUAUUUUCACUCCUUUUGUUUAUAUUGUCUCCUUGUUCAUGGUAUAAAUAUGUUAUAGUAAUUACUGAGCAUGUAUUUACAUAUCAGAAGUAAUGUUUAGUAAACUUUUAGAUUUGUAUGUUAGAUAUUUGCUUCCUCUUUAUUAAAUUUAUACAGAUAGUGGUCCUUUGUAAAAGGAAAAUUAUGAAAUGGUAUACACUUACCUUGUUCCUUAAAGAAGUCAGUUAAUGAAUAAAUUUGAAAGAAGCACAAUACUAGUCAUGUGCCCUUUGUAGAAUUACCCUUGAUAAGCUUAUAUAAAUUUAAAUGUGAUGUGUAAAUGUACUUGUGGUCAGUUUUUAAACUUUAAUGACAUGGCAACAAUAUGGUAAAUUAUGUUGUAACCCAGAACGUAUUUACGUGAUUAUUUGUACUGUAUGGUAUUAUUACAUUAGUGGACGAGUGUUAUACCAGUAAGGGUCAUACAGUGCUUAGGGACUUGAAGGCAAUGAGGUUUAGUCUGAGGAGGAAAGGGUAGGUCCAGUUGUUUGCAAUGAGCCCUUCAGCAUCAAGGCUUCCCCUUGAUUGGGAUAUUGUAUUAUAAUUAUAUUCAUGGAGGAGUGGUAAACUUGCGAGUCAUACAUCUCCUUGGGUAUUGGGAGGCAGUCGGGUUCGAUCUAACAGAAGGGAGGAUAGAUGUAUUUCUUGGAUGAUAGCCCCUCUCCAGCAUCAAGGUAGGAGAAGAGUAGUAUCAAUACCAGUAUGCCUUGAGGAAUACUGGUACUGUGGAUCAGUUUGAAUUCAUUCACCUGAUGGAUGAAAUUCCAUUAUAUGAAGUCCUCAUUUCAAGAAAUGCCCACUACUAGUGCUAGGAACUGUUGUGAUUAACUGAUGUGUACAAGUGGGCCAGAGAGCAGUUAGAUUGGUCAGAUAAUAUAGGUGUAGAAUUGGGUGUGAUAAUAAGCUAAUGCAGUUAUUUAGCUUAUUUUUUGUAGAAAAAGGGCCUUACUGGAAUUAAUAAAGUGUUCUGAUACAAGGUACAUUGAGAAAUGGCAUGGAUGUGUAUGAUGCCCAGUAUUAAAAAUAAGGAAUUAUUGUUUCUUUGGUGCUUAAAAGUCAGGAAAGUAGUUUCUUGACUCACAUUUAUUUAAAGGUUGUUUCUUAUUGGAAGCAAAGUUAUUUUUGGCUCACUGAGUUUUUUGGUGUGAAUUAAUCCACAGUAACUUAUUUAAAAUUAUGGUACUACAUAACAUGUAUUCUUUGUUAAACUUAGUGUAAAAGCUGCAAAACACAUUUUGGUACAAUUGGAAUCGUCGUCGUCUUUCAACAAACCGGCCGCAUCCCACCAAAGCAGGGUGGGCCCCCCC